AUGGCUCAGUUCUCUGAGAUAACUCCAGAUUCCAUUGAGAAGCAGACUUCAGAAGGCAUGUCCCCAAAGUCGACGGAAAUGGACUUCAGACAAGAUUCAGACUCUCCCAGUGACAUUACGAGGACCAACUCUCAGAGUAUCAGUAACACCGAAAGCUCGUCCAUGUUAUCAUCGAUGGGAUCUUCGUCCAACAACUCGGCCGAACAGGCUAGCGAGAACAGUCCUAAGGUAAGAUACGCUUUUACUAAAGGGGCAUAUAAUGUAUUUUUAAAUGUCAUAUAGGAUCAUAUUUGUUUUUUGUUAAGUACCGCUUGCAUAUAUCGUAGUAGAUGUUAAUAUACCUAAAACACGUUAAGCUUCAAUUUUUAUGCAAAUUUUUCGUAUGACCAUGCAAAACAGGCUGUAAACCGGACCAAAGUACCAAAUUGAAUUAAAGUGGCAAUUACCCUGAUUAUCCAAUUUGUAUUUUGAGGUUUGUAAAGAAAGUUAUAGCAGCGCCUGAUUAAUUUCCUUAAGCGAAUAACAAGAGAAUAUAAGCCGGCUUUCAAUGCACCUUGUAAAAUUGUUGGGGAAACAACCGAAAAAAAGCCGCUUAAGUCUCGGCCGAGUUAUUACUUUUACACUUAGUCAGCUGUCCUACUCUUAACCGCCGUUUAAUUGUCACCAUCUUUGCUUACAUUAUGAUCUUUGCCGUGUUGGGAGAGGUUUGGUAUGAAAGACAAUUUUUUUUGAAAUUUUAAAAUUGCCUUUUUAACACAAUAAUUACUUGUUUUUGACAUAAAUUUUACAUUUCUGGGUUUUUUUAGAAAAGUUGUAUCUGCAGCCUGCGCAGGCCGUAAAACUCUGGGCGCAAGCUGGAAAUUACAAAAUCUGAAAAAUUUCACCGAAUUUUUAAUAAUAACGGCUUUCUGAAGUAAAAAUAGAGUUUUAACCAAAUUUCGAUACCAAAGACCUCAGAAGUCAGUGGGAAGUAGUCUUCUGGUUAAUCGCCAGACUAAUCUCAACGUAGCCAAUUGUUUGUCACUUACUAUAAAUACGAACAGACAUUAAAGAACAAUUAAUAUAUUGUUCUAAUGCCUAGAAAAAGAGCGAUUAAUUAGUUUUAUGCAUAAAAUUAUAUGUUGUGUUACCUAAAUUACAAAAAGUUGUUUUCUAUUAGCAAAGUCCAAGUUAUUAUCGUAGUUGCAUGUUCGUAUGUCUUUGCGAUGUGAUAAAGGGGAAAGUGGUGUUUUUGAUUACAAUUAAAAAGCUAAAACAAUCUCAAUACUCAAUAUCCAUAACUUUCAGAGCGAACAACGCUGUAGUUUUGACAUAAAUUCUAUGUUUAAUAACAACAACGAGAAGACCGGCAGUCCAUUGGAGCAGCUCUCUCAGCAACUCGGCGUGCCUUUAGGCAGUUCGUCUGAUUUCUCGCCCAGCUCAUUCUCCAGCUCAUCGCUCGGCCUAGCUGGAUCACCGGCUUCGUUUGGCGGCGUCGAAACAAACGCACUGUUCCAGCUGAGCCAACUUCUAGGCCAGCAAACUCAAGCCGUUUCUUCUGAAAAUAUUUUUAAUUUUAAUGGACUGGAGCAGAAGAGACAGCCGGCUAAUAAUCGACCUGUGAAUAACAAAGCACCUGUGGAGGACAAAAAGAGGGUAAGAUGGUUUUUGAGUUACAGUAGGCUUUGAUAACGUUCUUAUAACCUAAAAUAGCUUAUUUUUUUAAAAAUUUUUUGAAUUUUAAAGUUAAAAAAUGAGUUUAAAAUUAAAAAAAUAGAACUCAGUAGCUUGAGUUAACUUAAACUUUUUAGUCCUAUCCUUAUACCUUCCAGUUCUGCGUACUGUGCAACAAGAACGUGCACAGCUCCAAGCUGCCGUGCCACAUUCGACAAUGUCACGUGAGUAAGCCAAUGUUCCAAUGUCCUUCCUGCGACUUCACGUCGACCUACUCCAAGAACAACGUCAAAUCUCAUAUGGUUUCGCUGCACGGAUUAGCGGUAAGUGAUGUGUAGGUAGACAUGGUAACAACAGCCGGUAAUGUCAUCUUAUUUCAAAGUAUUUUCGAAAUUCUAAAGAUUAUCGAAGAAAAGUUAAAAUUAAACGGUCUGGGGGCGUUUGAAUUGAUAUCAAAGGUUAAGACUUGUAAAAUACGGCUGAACUAACAGCUUUUAUACUUCAGGGUGAGCCCAUCUCGUAUAUGGACCAAUACGCAGGCCAAGUCGAGGAAUACAUGAAGAAGUGUUUCCCCAACGUUAGAGGCCGGGGACGUCCAGUACAUGAUCGUACAUCGCCAAGAAGCACACAACCCAAUAUCAGCGUGCAACAGACGACGCUCCAGAAGAUGCAGAUGAAUGGAGGGCCUGUGAGACCGACCGGUCGACAACAGAAACACAAACUCGUAAUGAACGGGAUCAAUAUGGGCAACAACAAGAUGAACGAGGUGAUGCAGAUGCUGCAGGGCAACAAGAGUGUUAUGGAGAAAAGGUAAGGGCUGCAGAGAGUGUAGUAUAAUAUAAGAUGUAUUAAAGUUGUAUGAUAAGACACAGAUUUUUACCUAAAAAUUGAUUUUCUCGUUUAUCUGUUCUAACUGAUGAUAUUGUAGCUGCAUGCCCCAAAUGAACCCCCUGGCCUACUUCCAAAGCCUCGGCUACUUCAACCAAAUGAUGGGUCAGAAUCCCUACCUGAACCGUUUCAACCCAUUUGAACCAAAGAAGGAAGCAGAACCAGUAGCACCAAAGAACGAGCAGGUCACGAUGGAGCAGUUACUUCAAGAAUUCAGCUCCUUUGUUCCUCAACAGUUGAGUGAACACAAGAUUUCGGAGAGCUCUUCUUCCAACUCUACUACAUCAUCCUCUGCUGCACCUCCAGAUGUGGAUAAUCUGGACACGAUGUGCACGAAUGGUACUCACGAAAUGCCAAAAUACUUGCCUCAUCCUCUGAAGAUAGCAUCGUUGACCAAGAAACAGAUUCAGGGCACGGUGUUUGCGAGUAUGAACGAGGGGAACGAUCUGAUUGAGGUAAGGAUACAUUAACAUAACAUAAGGGUCGAAAUAUAGAACGUAUAAAUAGGUAUAAACAUGUACAAACACAAUAACAACAUAAACUUACUUUUAAAUGUUAAAUUUCAAAUUUCAACCAUAACUCUUUCAGAGAAUGGACUUCGAAGCCCUCUCCGCUCCAGCAGAAUCCCAAGUUCUUCUAUCUUCAGAUCAAACUCAGAAAAUAGCUGAAGUCAGGCAGAAACUUCAACUCCAAGCCUUCGAAGUUUUGUUCGCCGUUCAUCGGCUUGAUCUUGACGUAUUGCCAUUACCUAAAGUAAACUUGGUGUUAUCGAUUGCUCCAACAGAAACUGAUGGCAAAAGAUUCGCCGCCUUCGAACAGAAGAACCAAAGAAGUCUGAAUGAAGAUGAAGACUUCGUGUUCCAACUGUCAAGAGUCGAGAGACUGAGGGAAAGGUUAACAUUGAUGCAGUUCAUGGGAGGAUUCGAGAGUGUGGUUCAGAAGCUGGACCAGGUGAGUGAAAUGACCUGAAAAGCUCUGAAAUAUUAGAAAAAAUAUUAAAUUUUAUUUCUAAAGAUCGGGGACAAGUUAUACGACGAAAGAUUACCGCUGUUUUUUGUUUUACCCUAAUAUUAUAGCCUUUUUAAUAGUAUUUUAAGCUAAAUAUUUAAAUAAUUUUUAAAUUUUCAGCAAAUCACCGAUCUCCAAAUUGGCUCCAACUUCUUGAGCAACUCUACUGAAUUUCAUCGUGUUCUGCAGCUUCUCCUCACUAUUAUCAAUGUUGUUAAUGGCCACACCAACCUCGAUCUUAUCCAUGGCUUCAGAACGUCAAAGGUUUCUGAAAUCUGUGGCCAAAAGCUGAGUAACGGUCAAGAUCUGAUGGAAUGCUUGGCCGACGCUGUAGCCAAGAACUUCUCGGAUAUUCAGUUUACAAGUGGAGCUGAACUCAUUGAUGCUGCUGCCAAUACUGAUGUAGCAGGUCUUCAGAAUACUUUGAGGGGCUUGGAACGGGGAAGAACGUUGGUUGAGGCUGAAUUGAAGUACGGUACUCAAACUGACAAUUUGACGGAAUUCGCACUGAAAGUGGAAAGAGAGGUCAUCAGCUUCAAGGAGAAGAUCAACAAACUUACUGUAAGUUUUUGAAAGCUUUUGGAUCUAAUAUGAACUAGCAUAACAAAUAGAAUUACAAUGUUUUAAGAUUCUUUUGAUAUGUGAAAGUGAGUAUCUGAUGACAUUAUUUACAGGGCUACCUCCGUCAUACUCUGGAAUUCUUUGGAGAAUCAGUGUCGGCCGUGUAUUCAGAAGAGUUCGACCUUCAAGAACUCUCGACUCAGGUCUCGACCUUCUUCAAGCAGAUCUCCAGGUUCUGUAGAAGCUUCCAGACGGCACUCAUGUCCAUAUAA